AUGUCAGGGGUCGUCUUAGUCGGCAGUCGGUCUCUGGUCGGCCCCAAGAAUAGUCGUCGUAUCGAGGCGGUAGUCGAGUAUCACCUCUCUGUUCUCUCCUCCUCCUCCACCACCUCCUACUACUACUACUACUACUACCCUACACACUACUACACACUGUACACUCUCUUUGCUAUCAUAUAUACUGUUACUACUCACACUACUACUGCUACUACUCUACUGCUACUACUACUACUAUACUACUACUACUACUACUCUAUCACUACUACGUUGCUCUCUCUUCACGAAACGCACGUAGUGGCAGCGUGUGCUCUUGGAUCGUGUGCGCGCGCGCAUCUACUGCUAUCUCUCUUUCUCUCUCUCUUUCUCUCUCUCUUUCUCUCUUACUCUCUUCUUCCUUUUCUUCUUUCGCUAUCGCUAUUACUUACUUACUACUCUACUACUACUACUACUACUACUACUACUACUACCACACUACUAUUACUACUCUGCUACUACUAUUAUCGUAGUACUUCCUUCUUAUAUACGUCAUUCUGUCCUUUUCUAUCCACUUAUCUCUUUCUCUUUUUUUUCUCUUUUUUCUUUCUUCCUUUCUUUCUUUCUUUCUUUCUCUUUCCCGCGCGCGUGCCUCCGUGCCGCGUCAGGCGAACGCAUAAGCUCCGCCGAGGACGACGUGCCGUGGUGGACGCGACGAUCGUCGAGUCGCGCGCGCGCUUUUCGCUCGAGAAGAGAAGAGAGGUGCCCGCGAGGCACCACCGUGUGACAAGAAGCGCCGUUUACGUGUGCCGAGAAAGAGAGAAAGAGAGAGAGAGAGAGAGAGAGAGAGAGAGAGAGAGAGAGAGAGUGUGCGAAUUCCAUAAAAGAAAGAGAAUCGAUCGAUCGUCUGGUAACGUUCCCAACGCGUGUUCUUCGGGGGGGUGUCAGAAAGACAGAGGAAGAGGGAUCUUUCGUGUCGGUUGUGGGACCCUCUAAAGUAUAGACGCAAGUUGCGUUUCAUUCAUUGGAGAACGUUCGGAUUUGUUUGGUACCAGGUUGGUACCGGCGGUGAUCAAGAGUGUCGUCUCGAGAUUUAAUGGAU